GUCUACAAGUAACUUUUCGGACUAGUUUUUUGUCAAAAAAGGCAAUAUUAAAAUUUCCUUCAUAUUUCAGUUGCUGAAUUGUUCAGAAAUUAUUUGCACGCACACAUCUGUAUCUUUCACCAACAACUUUGUUGUAAAAAUCAAAAUUUUUUGAGCACCGUCACAAGGGUUUCGGUCAUGGAUUUCCUAUCCAUAAAUCAGCAGGUGUACAUACGUCGCUCCGAUGGCCGGAUCCAUCAGGCUGGCAUCAUCAAACUGGACGGGAGCUCCAACAAAAUUGUGACUGUGGAGUGGAUCGAGGGGAACGUAACGCGCGGCAAGGAGGUGCCGCUCAAUACGAUAAUCAAGCUCAAUCCGCAAAUUUACCAUUCGUCUUCGAUAACACGAGCAGUAAAAACCAAUACAUUGGCGUCCAUACCGCCGCGGCCGACUCAUGCACAGGCCAACUCCCAGGGCCCUAAUGGAUUAGUGGUACCACGACAACGAAUAACCAUUUGCAAAAUGCCCGCGAAGGCACCGACUAUAACCGAUUCUACCAAGGCUGAUGUUGUCGUAGAGAUUGAGCGACUUCGUGCCAAGCGCGAACUACGCCGCCAGCUGCAUGAUGAGACGCGUGCGUUACGUCAGUCGUUCAAAGACGCAGAUCCCAACAAUCCGAACUGGGAAAUAGCACGCAUGUUACGCAUGCAUAGACUGCAAAUGCACUUCCAGCCGCCGGAGAGCUUUGCAUGCACUCCGAUCAAGCAGCAUCAAAUAUUGGUGUGUGUGCGCAAGCGUCCGCUGAACCGACGGGAGCUGAAUAGUUACGAGGUGGACGUGAUUAGUGUGCCCAACACGGAGCUGUUGGUUGUUCAUGAGCCGCGGAAACAGGUCAACCUGACCAAGUUCUUGGUGCAUCACAACUUUCGCUUUGACUACACUUUCGACGAUGACUGCAGCAAUGCCCAGGUCUAUGAGCGGACAGCAAGGCCGCUGGUUCGACACAUCUUCGAGGGGGGCAUGGCCACCUGCUUCGCCUACGGCCAGACAGGCAGUGGCAAGACUCACACCAUGGGCGGCGAAUUCACGGGCAAACAACAGAAUAGUCGCGAUGGCAUCUAUGCCCUCGCUGCCGGCGAUGUUUUCCAAUACCUGCAUCAGUCAAAAUAUGCUCAUUUGGGUCUCAGCGUGAGCUGCAGCUUCUUCGAGCUGUAUGGCACCCGGUUGUACGAUCUUCUGAUGGCUGGCAAGCCGCAACUGCGAGUGCUGGAGGAUGGCAAGCAGAAGGUGCAAGUGGUGGGCCUCACCGAGAAACCAGUGGACAAUACUGAUGACGUACUGAAGUUACUGGACCUGGGGAAUAGUGUGCGCACCUCCGGCCAGACCUCAGCCAACUCCAAGUCAUCUCGUUCGCAUGCCGUCUUUCAGAUAGUGCUGCGCGUUGACUCAACGCAUCAGUUGCAUGGCAAAUUCUCGCUUAUCGAUUUGGCGGGCAAUGAGCGCGGCGCAGACAAUAGCAGCUCGAAUCGCCUAACGCGGCUGGAGGGCGCUGAGAUCAACAAGUCCCUGCUGGCGCUUAAGGAGUGCAUUCGGGCCUUGGGUCGUCAGUCGACACAUUUGCCUUUUCGCGGUUCCAAGCUGACCCAGGUGCUGCGCGACUCGUUUAUUGGCGGCAAAAAAGUGAGGACUUGCAUGAUAGCCAUGAUCUCGCCCAGUCUACGGUCUAUGGAACAUACGCUGAAUACGCUACGCUAUGCCGAUCGUGUCAAAGAGCUGACGGUACACUCCCUGGUCAAGGAGGGACUGGAACCCGUGCUCGAUAUGAAUCUAGGUCAAAGUAACUCGUUGCCAGACAUUAAGAACCAAGAAAAUCAACUGAGUGGAUUCUCCUCAAACGCCUCAUUACCUGGCAUUGACAACCAUGCUAACCAUGUGCACAGCAUCUGGAAUGCUUAUACGGUCGGCACGGCCCUGGAGGACGAAAAUCUAGCGUACUUCAAUGAGGCCACCGACAACUAUGAUCAACAUGUUCCAAGCACAGAAGCGACAUAGUCUAAUAUUCGAAAUAGCACAAGUAAAAUAUUAAGCAUUCGAAUGGAAUCCGAUGGUGCGACUCAGAGACAAAAACAAAUACUCAGAAAAAACCAAAAUUUGGCAUAACGGUAAAUAAAGUGGAGCUUUUUUAUGUUUCUACUG